GAGAGAGAGAGAGAGGGAGCGAGGGGAGAGAGCGUCUCUCCGAGAAGAGGCGAGGCCGGGCGAGGGCGGCCCCGACGGGCGCGGGACAGGGGGGGAACACGGCGCCGAGCUCGGAGGAACGCCCGGGGAGGAGCUGCGGUCCGGAGUCCUGGGGGGCUCGCCUUGCCCCCCGGGGGGGAACCCCUCAGCAUGAAGACCCCGGCGGACACAGGGUUCGCCUUCCCGGACUGGGCGUACAAGCCAGAGUCGUCCCCGGGCUCGAGGCAGAUCCAGUUGUGGCACUUCAUCCUGGAGCUGCUGCGGAAGGAGGAGUACCAGGGGGUCAUCGCCUGGCAGGGCGACUACGGCGAGUUCGUCAUCAAGGACCCCGACGAGGUGGCCCGCCUCUGGGGGGUCCGCAAGUGCAAGCCCCAGAUGAACUACGACAAGCUGAGCCGGGCCUUGCGCUAUUACUAUAACAAGCGUAUUCUGCACAAGACCAAGGGGAAGCGGUUCACCUACAAGUUCAACUUCAACAAACUGGUGCUGGUCAAUUACCCUUUCAUUGAUGUGGGGCUAGCUGGGGGGGCAGUGCCCCAGAGCGCUCCUCCAGUGCCAUCGGGCGGCAGCCACUUCCGCUUCCCUCCCUCCACGCCUUCCGAGGUGCUGUCCCCCACCGAAGACCCCCGCUCGCCCCCGGCUUGCUCGUCGUCCUCGUCGUCUCUCUUCUCGGCCGUGGUGGCCCGGCGCCUGGGCCGAGGCUCGGUCAGUGACUGCAGUGACGGCACCUCCGAGCUCGAGGAGCCCCUGGGCGAGGACCCUCGCGGGGCGCGGCCCCCGGGCCCUCCCGAGCUGGGCGCCUUCCGCGGGCCCCCGCUGGCUCGCCUCCCCCACGACCCCGGUGUCUUCCGAGUCUACCCGCGGCCCCGGGGUGGCCCGGAGCCCCUCAGCCCUUUCCCCGUGUCGCCCCUGGCUGGGCCUGGCUCCCUGCUGCCCCCCCAGCUCUCCCCAGCCCUGCCCAUGACGCCCACCCACCUGGCCUACACGCCUUCGCCCACGCUCAGUCCCAUGUACCCCAGCGCUGGCGGGGGUCCCAGCGGCUCCGCGGGAGGCUCCCACUUCUCCUUCAGCCCCGAGGACAUGAAACGGUACCUGCAGGCCCACACCCAAAGCGUCUACAACUACCACCUCAGUCCGCGAGCCUUUCUGCACUACCCGGGGCUGGUGGUGCCCCAGCCCCAGCGCCCUGACAAGUGCCCGCUGCCGCCCAUGGCCCCCGAGACCCCACCGGUCCCGUCCUCGGCUGCCUCCUCCUCUUCCUCCUCCUCCUCUUCGUCCCCAUUCAAGUUUAAGCUGCAGCCACCGCCUCUGGGACGCCGGCAGCGGGCCGCCGGGGAGAAGGCGCUGGGGGGCUCCGACAAGAGCACUGCUGGCAUCGGGGGCAUGACCAGUGCCCCCGGCGGGCUGGCGGAGGCGGCAGGUGUGCUGGCCCCGCCGCCGCCGCCGCCACCCCAGAUCAAGGUGGAACCCAUCUCCGAAGGAGAGUCAGAGGAGGUCGAGGUGACUGACAUCAGCGACGAGGACGAGGAAGAUGGGGAGGUGUUCAAGACCCCUCGUGCGCCUCCUGCGCCCCCCAAGCCCGAGCCUGGCGAGACAGCGGGGGCCACCCAGUGCAUGCCCCUCAAACUGCGUUUUAAGAGGCGCUGGAGUGAAGACUGUCGCCUGGAGGGGGGUGGGGGCCCGGAGGAGGAAGGUGAGGACAAGAAGGUGCGCGGCGAGGGGCCUGGAGAGUCCAGCGGGCCCCUCACCCCAAGACGGGUGAGCUCCGACCUUCAGCAUGCCACAGCCCAGCUCUCCCUGGAACACAGAGAUUCCUGAGGGAUGUGGGCAGGGGGCCUGGGAGCCCCCCCCUCCACACUCCCCGUGCUUUUGCUGCCUUAAAUCCCUCCCCCCAAAAAAGCCCUGGAGGUGAGGGCAACUCUCUAGGCUCCUUCCUGCCGCCUCCCAUUCCCCUCCCCACAUUUUGUAUAAAACUUUAAUUUUUUUUUUUUUA